AACAGCGAGCCAGCUGCCGUGUGCCCUGCCUUUCGCCCCCAUGCGACACAGGAACCGAACUCCGCUCAGGGGAACUUCUUCGGAAUGAGAGUUCUUCUCUUUCUUCUUUCUUCUUGCCAACUCUGCCAGUUGCGUGUCUUCAUGCCUGUGUGGGCUGUCAGUCUUUCGUUCACUCACUACAUUGACAUUCGUUGAAACCCAUUCUCGCGAGUCACUCAUUUCCUCGCGGGAGCCAGUCACUCUGGGCCCGCAGUCUGUCGUUACCACAACUACCCACAGAUAACCACGAUGGCAAGCAAGCUUGUACACACUCUUUCCAUCAUCGCGAGCGUGGGAAUCCUCGCCUCCGCGCAGCUCGCCGUAGACACCACGCCCGUGACGGCCGCCGCCUCCGUCGAGACCGUCUCCAUGAUCGACGCCACAGGGCUGCCCAUCACGACCGUCUCCGACGCCGGCGACAACGCCUGGUACAUCCCUCUCACGGGGCCCGCCAGCGCGGCGACCGCCGCGUGGGGCGCAAAUGUGCACAUGCACAGCGAGGCCGCCGCGCUGCUCCCCAUCACCUUCGGCACAGCACCAGCACCCACCAGCACCCCCAGCGUCCACAAAACCCGAAUUUCCUCGCAGGAAACCAGCGCCUUACCCACGGCGACCGUCUCCCCGAUCGGCACGCCCUCCGGCGACGAGUCCACGACCUCGACCCUCGAAGUCCCUCUGAACCCGGAAGCAAACGCCCUCCUCCUGGGCGCGGACACAAGCCUCACCAUCCUCAGCACCGUCAUCGCGACAGCCGAGAACCCGACGAACAUCAGCACCACGAACCUGACCACCCUCCCCGUGGGGAUGAACCUCGGCUUCGGGUCCCACUGGCCCGGGGCCCUGAUCUUCGGCGGCAACUACGACGCGAACCGCAUCUGGAACGAAUCGCACUGGCAGACCACCCCGGAAACCAGCGCGGGGAAUGGCAGCUUCACCCAAACCGGCACGCAGCUCCUCGCCAGCGGCGUCCAGCUGAGACUCUACCCCGCGCCCGACCUUACGGGCAACACAAACACAACCACCUACCCCUUCGACACCACCUCCACCCCAACCACCACCACCACACCCCUCCCCGCCACCCUCAACUUCACCGCCGAGACCCUCACCGUCCCCGACGCGAGCUUCUGCGACCGCAACUUCACGGUGGUCUUCAACCCAGAUAGCGCGACGUACCCGCUCUUCGAGAUCCCCAUCUGGGCGGACCUGGUCCCUGCGGGGUCGCGGUGUGUGGUGGGGAGUAGUGGGGGGGAGAUCAUCCUGGGGCGGCCGUUCUUCCAGGCGGCGUAUGUGUAUGUCACGGACGUGGGGGAUUUGUACUUUAGUUCGAUUCGGAGGGAUGGUUCGGUUGGGGUGGCGCCGAGGGAAUUUGAUUUGCAUGCUGUGUUGGGGGGUGGGAUGGGGGGAGGGGAGGGGGAUGUGUAUGCUAACGCGACGGCGGAGGAGGCGGGGGCGAAGGGGACUGCGGUUUCGGGGGCGGGGAGGGUUGCUACCAUUAUGAGUAGUGGUGCUUGGGGGGUGGUGCUUGUUGUUGUUGGGGUGGUGGUGGGCUGGGCUGUUUAGUCGGGGGUGGUGUGGUGGAGUUGAUUCUAAUUUGUUUUGUUGGA